CUAUAAUUUCUUUUGUUAAUUAAUCUAGAGUGGUGUUUUAUAAGGUAUCGUGGGUAGCGUUAGAAUCGUGGUUGGUGAAUAGUUACGAUGGCGAACGGUGGUGGAAAGGUGUCCUUCAAAGUCACCCUAACCUCCGAUCCAAAGCUACCUUUCAAAGUGUUCAGCGUUCCUGAGGCUGCGCCUUUUACCGCCGUUCUCAAAUUUGCGGCCGAGGAAUUCAAGGUUCCUCCACAAACCAGCGCUAUCAUCACCAAUGAUGGUGUUGGGAUAAAUCCUCAGCAAAGUGCAGGAAAUGUCUUCCUUAAGCAUGGUUCAGAACUACGGCUGAUCCCGCGUGAUAGAGUUGGUGCGUGCAUCUGAGAUGUUACAGGAUGUCUGAGUUGAACACUUUCUUUAUCUGUCUUGUUGGCUGUUGUAGUUCAAUAAACACUAGUGCUUUUAUUUAUAUCAUGUAAUUGAUAUUAAUAGUGCCCUUUUGACAAAGUUUAGUCCAAUAAUGAAUAAGCCUCCACCUCCUCCCAUAGUGACUAUGUUUGUAGUGCAGGAUUGUGCAAAAAUUAUUCAGCAAGUGAGUUUGUAAUGGAAAUAGGGGGAUUGUAUA